CUUCGUCUUCCCAAUUUGUUUAUUCUCCCCGAGAGUUCCAUGGAAGCGGCUGCGUUGAGAUCCAGUAGGGGAUUCGAAGAAGAGGAUGACGAUGAUCGCGAAUUUGGGAAGAGAGAGAGCCCCUUCUCCCAUAAAGAUUUAGGGACCAAAAUAGAUGGAAAAGGAAGUGGAACCGAUGACCUGCCCAGUAGCCCAAGAUCAAAACAUUCUGCAAUGGAGCAGCGGAGAAGAAACAAAAUUAAUGACAGAUUUCAGAUACUCGGGGAACUCAUACCUCAUAGCGAUCAGAAGAGAGAUAAAGCAUCAUUGCUUCUGGAGGUAAUCGAAUACAUACGGUUUUUACAAGAAAAGAUUCAAAAGUAUGAGACCUCGUACUCAGGAUGGAAUCAUGAUGAUGCAAAAUUAAUGCCAUGGGGGAAAUUUUAUUGCCGAUCAUUAUGGAAAAAUGCACAGAAUAACCAAGUCAACAUAGAUGGUUUGCCUGAUGCAUCUCAAGUCAUAAGAAAUAGUUCUGUGCCUGCAUCUGUUUUCUCUGGACAGUAUGAUGAAAGCAACAUCUCAGUUACACCUGCUAUGCUUCCAAAUCCCCAGAAUCCAACAGAAUCAGAACUAGUUCCCAGUGUACCCUACAAGACAACAGAAACGGCAACAGGUUUUAUAAAUGCAGACAACAUGCCUUCUCAAGCUCAAUCAUAUUGGUUAGGAUUGUCCAGCCCUGCUGAUUGUGCUGUGAGCAAUGCAAUACUGAAUGAACAAGAAGAGUUGAUAAUUGAUGAAGGCACAUUCAAUGCAUCUGCCACUUACUCACAGGGGCUUUUGACGACACUAACUCAAGCACUGCAAAAUUCUGGUGUCGAUAUUUCCCAAGCCAAUAUCUCUGUGCAAAUUAAUCUCGGCAAGCGAGCAUCUAACAGACGACCUGUUGCUACUGUUUCAUUAUCUGAAUUCAGGGAUCCUGAUGAAUCUACAUCAUUAAUUAACCAAGCUGUUCAUCAAUCUAUGAUGGUAGACAUCAGUGAGGAAUCAUCACAAGCAUCUAGGAGACAAAAAGCAGAUAACAACUAAUGCUUCUAUCUCUUCCUACAUCGCUAUAUCAAAUAACCAUUACCAUCAUUGUAUAUUCUGAUCAUGUAGGAAUGCUUCCAUGCCUGUGAAGUUUGCCAAUUUUUCUUGAAUUGUUGUUGCAUGUGAGAUUUUUGUGUUCUCAAACUUUCGUCACAUUUACUGCCUGGAUGAUUUACUCUAUUGGCUUUUGCACUCAUUGAAUGAGUAUUGAGCCAAGUAUUUAGAUUAGCACCGUAGAAGUAGGCUACAAUUGACAAAUCAGUAUUCAUUACUUAUUAUUACUCAUGAUUAUGUAUGUAACUAGCUCGACUAUUUUAAAAAUGUAUAUAUUCUAGAUGUUU